AAAAUUUCCAAGAUGGCUUUCAAAGAAGUUCUGGUAUGCUAUUAAGAUGACAGUGCUUUUUUUAAAGUUCCUUGGGGAUUUUGUACUUCAGUUGUUCCAACUAGCACUUGAAUACCUUGGUUUGAUUACUGCUUCCUUGGUGUUGAUUAAGCUCUCUGUGAUUCUAGUGGGGUGUAUGUUGGGGGUUUUUGUUUGAUGUAAGAUUUCUUUUUGCUCUUACAUUCACACUUUUGAAGUUGGGUCCCAGAGGCUCAUUUUCAGACAAUCCAUCCAUGUCUUGGCCUCUCCAGGAAUUUCUUGCUUGGGAGAGGAAGUGACACUGCCAGUUGGGGCAAUUACAUCUAGUAAGCACUGGGUGGUUACAGGUUUUUGGGCAAGUCAUUGAACCUGCUAGGGAAGUGACUAUAGCAAAGCCCUCUGUACAGGGAAUGGGCACAGUAGGAAAAUCGUUAUGUGGUUACAGCAGUUUUGGCUGCAGUGGUUCUUUUUUCUCUCACCUGCAGUCAGUCAGAUUUGAUGUUAACAUGAGAUGCUAGGAAACAGCAAAAUUAGAUUUUUGCUUCCUGUUGCAUGUUUUCCUUAUCAGGGCCAAGGGGGAGGAACAAACAUGGACACAAAACUUUCUUGCUACUUUGUUUGGUUAAAGCCUUUUCUGUUAACUCUGAUAUCCUAGGAAGAUCCCUAAAAUACAUUUUAAUCUUAGGUGUUAUUUUAUUGUUCUUCCAUAAUUACAUGAGGUAUUGCUUCAGAGUUAGACAUUUUCAUCCUCUACGUGAAUAUGUUCCCUGGUAUAUUAGGGUGGUUAAAGAGAGCAUUGUAGUGUACAAAAAGGUGAAGGGUUCCUUCUGAAUACACUGUAUCUAAAUUAAUUUCACAUCUACUGUCUUCAUCAGGAAUGCUCAUCUUUAGUUCUUGCAUACUUCAGAGAGGCUUUAUGGAGUUUUGUUGCUCCAGAGAAACUGCCUACACUGGGAAGGAAAUGUAUCUGAUGGAUAUUAAUCACUAGAUAGCUUUAGAGGUCAUUGCUGAGAUGCUGAACUGGCAGUAGAAGCCAUGUGGAACUGUUGAGAUGAUCUUAGCAUGAGACUAAAGGCUUGUUGCAUUCUCUUUUGCAGCUGACACUGGAUUGUCUUGUUCUUCACGUCUGAAUUUAAUUCAAAAUACAGUAAAUAAAGAUGAAUCAAGUACAAAAUGCUGACUACUCCCUGCAAUGAUCACUUCUUCAAAGCUACUGCACUUGUCUGAUGUCAAAUAAUGGUUUGAGGUACUUUGGGGUAGUGGUCUAGCAGAUGAAGGAAGUUUUUGAGUUUGGUGCUUUUCAAAUCUUGAAAUUGCUGAGGGUGGAUUUUAGUUUGUUGUAUUAAACUGUGCAAUGGACUUCUCAAGACAAAAGGCUCUAGAGUUUUCAAGGUUGAGAGGAGAAUAUGGUUGUAUUACCUGGACCUCAUUGUAGUUCUUAGAUAUUUUUCUUUCUCUGUCUUCACUAGGCUUCCCUCUAACUUUGUGUGUUAAUUUUCUACGUGUCCUAUUAUUAAUAAUGUGUCACUACAGAGAAGUCUUGCUAAAGUGUCUGCUCUGAAUGAAUCAGCAUGUGACUUGCAGGGUGCAAAUUUAGAGAAUCAUUGCAUUCCUAUACCUGGAUUAGUCCUGCUUCCAGUCAGACAUUGUUUAGGGUGACAGAUGCUGUGUCAGAAUAGUAUUGUCAGUGCAGAGAGACUUGUGGGUUGAUAACACUGUACGUUCAGUGAAUGUGGGUGAUAAGACCUCAGAGUGGGGAUGCAGUCUCUUAAAGAAUAAAAGCCAGUUUGUUUGGAAGUAGCAGCGUAUCUGAAAUGAGAUUAGUAUUUUUGUGGACUUUCCAACAGUCCUCGAUGGAAUUUGUCUUGAGGUUCUUAAUAAUCUUUUGAAAUAUGUUAUUAGAAUGCAGGAUUGUGAUGUCAGGAAUGAAAACUUACUUGGACCUUAAUUUGCUGCCUUUUUGCCUUAUGUGUGUGCAUUUAUCUAUGUGAUGCAUCCAGCAGAAAUGAAAGUAGCAUGUAAGAAGUGUGUCCUCUUAAUACUUACUGACUUUGAAUUCCAUUUUAAAAGCACAGUUGUCUAGUUAAUUUGUGAACAUCUUGAUUUUUACGGGGGGAAAAAGUGAAAAAUACGCGUAAUUUAGUAAGUGUAGAGAGAAAGCAGAAAAAACCAUUUCUUAAACAAGAACAGCAACUAGAUUGUUACAUUGACUGUGUUUUCUUGCUGCCUUUUGUGUACUUUCUGAUCUGAAAGUUUUCAGGAGCUACUAAAUUAUAACACAUGUGAGGAAUAACUGUUUACCUUUUUUUCCCAUGCACAUUUAUGAACCUGGAGAAAUUUUCAUCAAGCUGGAUACUUAUUUAGAUUUUUUUUUUUAGUGCUGAGCAUUCUGUAAUGCGACUGUGCACCAGUAUGAUCUCUUAAGAAAUUGGUGUUGCUUUGGACACUGUAUUUUGUGCUUUGUCAUGUUGAUAAGGAUUUCUACUGUCUCUGUGUUCUCAGGAGACCUUGGGGAUAACAAAACAUUUCUCUUCCCCCCUCCCCCCUCCAAUGAUAGUUUUUUCCACAGUGAUAAAAAUGCAAGGUUUUGGUGUCAGAAAUUUAGAAGUUGCUUAUCCAGACUGUGUUUAUUGGAACAUUAGCAAGGGUUUAGGGAAGAACAUCCCUGUGCUCUAAAAGCCUACUGAAUUAAUCUAAAACAGACUUUAGACUUUGUUCCCAAGUGUUGCUUGAAACAAAGGGGCCUUCUUUCCUCUCAGGUGGAAAGCUUGUUUCCCCGAAGUAUCAUUGUUGCCAUAACAGUUGAUGGCUUGUGCUGUCCAAGUCUUAAGCAUCCAAGCUGGAUUUAAAGUUUCCAGCAGUGGGAGAUAACUAAUGCUAUUAUGUGCCUUCUCACUGUGUGGUGGAGGUGGGGUGAAGGGACAAUCUCUUUGCUCUCUCUUAAGAGUGGGUGGCUUCCCUUUGGUUUCCAGAGGGACAGUGCUGUACUGAGCGGCUGUGCCAACAGGGGAAAAAUACUUGGCUUGCUGCGUUUUCUCUGAUGUACAUCAACAGAAACAGCUAGUUAUCUACAGCGAGAUGCCUACGUAACACACGUUGCCAGCAAUUGCACUAAAUACUUCACUGCUGAACCAGUUGCUCAGGUACCCAGCCUGUCUCUGUUGCUAUGGGAGAUUGGAAGACUAUUACUGUGCCGGUGCUGUCAUCAGAUAGCAAAAAUAUACUUUCAUAUACCUCAGAAAAAAAGAUAUCUCCUACAAGCAUGAACUCACAAGUGCUACGCUUGUCACUGCCUUCGUCCAAAAACAUGCACAGCUUUUUGAGUGCCUUCUGCACAGAAGAGAAUCUUGAACAGAGUAUAUCCUAUAUUGAUAGGGAAUUAACAACAUUGGGCUUUCCUUCUAUUUAUGCGGAGUCCAAAGGAAAAGAAUUAAAUUUAGUAUCUAUCAUAAAUUGUAUGAAUGAAUUGCUUGUACUGCAGCACAAGAACCUUCGAGCUCAGGAAGAAGUAGAAAUGCAGCAUAUGAAACUGGGAAGUGAUAUGGAUCACUUACAGAACUGCUAUGCUAAGUUAAAGGAACAGUUGGAAUUAUCUAAAAGGGAAAUAGUUGGGCUUCAGGAAAGAGACAGACAACUGCAAAGCAAGAACAGAAAUUUGCACCAGUUACUUAAAAAUGAAAAGGAUGAAGUUCAGAAGUUACAGAACAUAAUUUCAAGUAGAGCUACACAGUACAAUCAUGAUAUGAAGAGGAAAGAGAGAGAAUACAACAAGUUAAAGGAACGCUUACAUCAGUUAGUCAUGAAUAAAAAAGACAAAAAGAUAGCUAUGGAAAUUCUAAAUUGUGUUGGUAGAGCUGAUGGGAAGAGAGGUGCAUGGAGGACUGAUAAGACAGAAGCCAGAAACGAAGAAGAAAUGUACAAAGUUCUGUUAAGUGAUUAUGAACAACGCCAAAAACAGCUUUUACUGGAAAAUGCUGAGCUAAAGAAAGUUCUUCAGCAAAUGAAGAAAGAUAUUAUUUCACUUCUUCCACCACAGAAACAAAAGCCUAGAGAAAAGUCUGAAGAUGGGCUGGUGCUGUCAGACCAGGAAGAAGAUAUUGGAGAGUUAAAUAAAGAGAAUAUGUGGGAAUUAUCUUGUGAAACUGUGCGAGAACAGCUUACCAACAGCAUUAGAAAACAGUGGCGAAUGUUGAAAAAUCACGUUGAAAAGCUGGAUAACCAAGUGUCACGUGGUCAUUCAGGAGCUUUGAAUGAAAAAGAUGUCAUUUCAAGAGAAGACCAUGAGCUAGAAACUGAAAAGCUAGAGUUAGAGAUUCAGCACUGUAAAGAAAUGAUCAAAACUCAGCAACAGCUCUUACAGCAACAGCUUACAUGUGAUGAUGACACCACUCUGUUACUACAAGACUGCUAUUUGUUGGAAGAAAGAGAGCGUCUUCAGGAAGAAUGGAGAUUAUUUCGAGAACAAAAAAAGAAUUUUGAGAAGGAACGAAAAAGUUUUACAGAAGCUGCCAUUAGAUUAGGACUUGAGAGAAAGGCAUUUGAAGAAGAUAGAGGAGCAUGGCUGAAACACCAGUUCUUAACUAUGACUGCUGAUUGCAACAAUCCAAAUGCGACAACUCCAAGUGCCUUCUUAAGAAGUUCUGAGCCAGACACUCGUUUAGUGAAGUCUGCAUCUCGGCAAAGAAAACCUCCCUCUGUGUUGAGUGCUCCUGUUUCAGCAGAACCUUGCCAGACAUUUCAGUAUAUUGCACAAAACAGUGUUGCAUCAGAAAAACCUGCUGCAGAUAACAUGCCAAAUCUGUGGGUGGAAAGUGAUGACAAAGAAGAAACUGAAGAAUGCACAAAGUCAUGGGAAGACUCUGGAGUUGGCACUCUGCUAUGUAGAAACUUGCACAUGGAACAGCUGCCUUAGACUUCCUAGGGUGGCCUGCUGGGUUUUUUUGUUAAAGACUUGUUCAUAAACAUAUCAUUCUAAAUGAAACAGAAUGCUGUGAGUUUGAUCAUUCUUCUAGAGGAUUAUGUGGUGAUCUGAAUUGUGGUGUGUUUCUAUGUGUGUGCACAUGGCUUUUAUUUUUUAGACCAUUUUUUGCCUCUUUCUUGCAACUCUUGGGAAAAAAAUUAAAAAUAUAUAAAAGCUUUGAUAUUUUUCUAGUAACAGAAGCUCUAAUUCUGGAAUAAAGCAAUGGUCUGAAACUUUGACUGUAAUGAAAUACUGGAUCUUAAUGUGACCUUUCAUCACAGGCAGAGAUAGCACUUUUAGAAAUUGUUUAAUUAUUGGAAACAUUCAUUUAUGUCUCAAGUGUAACUGGCAUUAAAUCCUCUUUUGCCUCGACUUGAAUGUACAGUAUACUGUAGAUUUUUAACAAAACAGGUUCUAUAUUUAUUGUGUGAUUUGAAAAUACCUCUUUGAUAUCUCAAUGAUUUAAAGUGCAAAAUCUUUAUAUAUUUGUAAAUAGAAUAACUGGUUAUGCUGAGAAACCAUGAAAUGAAACACGUGCAUACAUAAAUAUUAUUUUACAUGCCAUUUUAAAUUGUUUUAUAGUGAUAUUCAGUUUACAGAUCCAUUAGGACUUUCAAUGGUUCAGCCAGGAACCAAAGUAUUUCAAAUGUGAACAAUAAACGUGUAAUUCUAUUCUAAAAACCUGUGGUUGAAUGAUUUGUGUGCAGUAAACUAUUAAGCAACUAUGGUUAUAGGGCUGUAUACAAUGUCUACAACUCUGGUGCUGGUUUUGUAUUUUGUUAGGUUUUUUUGUUUUAAUUGACUCCAGAAUUUUAUUUUUUGUGUAGCCUUGGGGCUGUCUCUUUCGUUUAUAAUGUAAUAAAAAUAGCCAGGUUAGAGGUAA